AGCAGGGCUCAUGGCGAAGAGGCUUAAGGCCAUAAAACCGUGGGACAGCAGGAGGAAGAGAAGCCAGGUGUCUCCACUCCAGUUGCCCUGCCUCAGACUCCUAAGCUUCGCCUGUGAGGAUCGUCUUGUAGGCACUGACUGGAGAUGGAAUCCUAAAGCACAGGUGAAGCGGAAAUCUUCCUUCCAGCGGCUAACACUGGGCGGGACGGGAUACCUCCCUCUUCGCCCACGGCGGGCUCUCUAUCAUAGUGGCCGCCGUUCUGCCACUCACGCAGCUUUCUAAGGCACAUCUAGGUUCCCCAGCGCCUUCAGUGGGGCGGCCGGCCGCUCCCGAAGGCUGCAAGACGGGGCCCGGCGUGCUGAGCCAGUGUCGCUCCUCCCGCGGUCCCCUUAGAAGGCCGGCCCGCCGGCUACAGCCUACCGAAGGCGCGGACAACCGACGAGGUGUCAGGCUCGGCAGGGGAUUGCUUCUGUCUGGGGCCCGGCCGAGGUUGCGUUCGUGCCUCGCGCGCACACGCUCCGCGUUCACUCAGCCAAUCCCGGGCUACUAGCGCGCCCAGGAGCGAUCCGCGGUCCUACUCAGGCUGGGCCCGCUCCUUCCCGCUCCCGGUACUCAGCACCCGAGCCCUCACUCCUCCCCUCACUCUCCACGAGUUCCACGCCUCAGGGUGUAGCUCCGCCCCUGUCCCCGAGUCCGCCCCCGCAACCUCCAGAGCGUGUGCUCUCCUUUCCUCUCAGUCCUGCCAUCUAGCUGCCUUGGGUCUCGCGCUCCGCAGAGCGGCCAGAGCCUCUCCAGCCUCGUUCCGCCGCCUCCGCGCGCUCUCCCCGUGCGGCCACCGACCCCCCCCAGCUCGCCUCCUUCUUGCUGGACUUGGGGUCGCGCGCCCUGACUCCGCCCCCUCCUGCGGACCCGCGCACUCCCAACGCGGCCUCUCCCCCACGCAGGCCACCGAGCACUCUACGGCCUCCCACUCCUUCCCCGCUCUCCUCGCGCUUCCCUGGCUCUCUAGCUCUCGCGCUCUCCUCGGCGAGCGCGCUCCCGGCCCGCGCGCUCCGGGCUCCAAUUUCUCCCGGCUCCUGUCAGUGCGGUGACUGCGCUGGGAAACAUGGCGACCGAGGGAAUGAUCCUUACUAACCACGACCAUCAAAUCCGUGUCGGAGUCCUUACAGUGAGUGAUAGUUGCUUCAGGAAUCUUGCAGAAGAUCGCAGUGGGAUAAAUCUCAAAGAUCUCGUACAAGAUCCUUCUUUGUUGGGUGGGACUAUAUCAGCAUACAAGAUAGUACCAGACGAAAUAGAAGAAAUCAAGGAAACCCUGAUAGAUUGGUGUGAUGAAAAGGAACUUAAUUUGAUAUUAACAACUGGAGGAACAGGGUUUGCACCACGAGAUGUCACUCCAGAGGCCACAAAAGAAGUAAUAGAACGGGAAGCACCAGGGAUGGCCCUGGCAAUGCUGAUGGGAUCACUUAAUGUUACACCUCUGGGCAUGCUCUCUAGGCCUGUAUGUGGAAUCAGAGGGAAAACGCUCAUAAUUAACCUGCCAGGUAGCAAGAAAGGAUCUCAGGAAUGCUUUCAAUUCAUACUGCCAGCUCUACCUCAUGCCAUUGACCUUUUACGUGAUGCUAUUGUAAAAGUAAAGGAGGUGCAUGAUGAACUUGAAGAUUUGCCUUCCCCACCACCCCCUCUUUCCCCUCCUCCUACUACCAGCCCCCAUAAACAGACAGAAGACAAAGGGGUUCAAUGUGAGGAAGAGGAAGAAGAGAAGAAAGACAGUGGUGUUGCUUCAACAGAAGAUAGUUCCUCAUCACAUAUAACUGCAGCAGCCAUUGCUGCCAAGAAGCAUCCAUUCUACACCAGUCCUGCUGUUGUCAUGGCACACGGUGAACAGCCCAUCCCUGGUCUCAUCAAUUAUUCCCAUCAUUCAACAGAUGAACGGAUUCCAGACUCCAUCAUUUCUCGUGGUGUUCAGGUGCUCCCACGAGACACAGCCUCCCUCAGCACUACUCCUUCAGAAUCGCCUCGUGCUCAGGCUACAUCUCGCCUCUCUACAGCUUCGUGCCCAACACCAAAAGUCCAGUCCAGGUGCAGCAGCAAGGAGAACAUUCUCAGAGCCAGUCACAGUGCUGUCGAUAUCACCAAGGUGGCCAGAAGACACCGUAUGUCUCCUUUUCCUCUGACAUCUAUGGACAAAGCCUUUAUCACAGUCCUGGAGAUGACUCCGGUGCUUGGGACAGAAAUCAUCAAUUACCGAGAUGGAAUGGGGCGAGUCCUUGCUCAAGAUGUAUAUGCAAAAGACAAUUUACCGCCCUUCCCAGCAUCAGUAAAAGAUGGCUAUGCUGUCCGAGCUGCUGAUGGCCCAGGAGAUCGUUUCAUCAUUGGGGAAUCCCAAGCUGGUGAACAGCCAACUCAGACAGUAAUGCCAGGACAAGUCAUGCGGGUUACAACAGGUGCUCCAAUACCCUGCGGUGCUGAUGCAGUAGUACAAGUGGAAGAUACUGAACUUAUCAGGGAAUCAGAUGAUGGCACUGAAGAACUUGAAGUGCGAAUUUUGGUGCAAGCUCGGCCAGGCCAAGAUAUCAGACCCAUCGGCCAUGACAUUAAAAGAGGGGAAUGUGUUUUGGCCAAAGGAACCCACAUGGGCCCCUCAGAGAUUGGUCUUCUGGCAACUGUAGGUGUCACAGAGGUUGAAGUUAAUAAGUUUCCAGUGGUUGCAGUCAUGUCAACAGGGAAUGAGCUGCUAAAUCCUGAAGAUGACCUCUUACCAGGGAAGAUUCGAGACAGCAAUCGUUCAACUCUUCUAGCAACAAUUCAGGAACAUGGUUACCCCACAAUCAACUUGGGUAUUGUAGGAGACAACCCAGAUGACUUACUCAAUGCCUUGAAUGAGGGUAUCAGUCGUGCUGAUGUCAUCAUCACAUCAGGGGGUGUAUCCAUGGGGGAAAAGGACUAUCUCAAGCAGGUGCUGGACAUUGAUCUUCAUGCUCAGAUCCAUUUUGGCAGGGUUUUUAUGAAACCAGGCUUGCCAACAACAUUUGCAACUUUGGAUAUUGAUGGUGUAAGAAAAAUAAUCUUUGCACUACCUGGGAAUCCUGUAUCGGCUGUCGUCACCUGCAAUCUCUUUGUUGUGCCUGCACUGAGGAAAAUGCAGGGCAUCUUGGAUCCUCGGCCAACCAUCAUCAAAGCAAGGUUAUCAUGUGAUGUAAAACUCGAUCCUCGUCCAGAAUACCAUCGGUGUAUACUAACUUGGCAUCACCAAGAACCACUACCUUGGGCACAGAGUACAGGUAAUCAAAUGAGCAGCCGUCUGAUGAGCAUGCGCAGUGCCAAUGGAUUGUUGAUGCUACCUCCAAAGACAGAACAGUAUGUGGAGCUCCACAAAGGCGAGGUGGUGGAUGUCAUGGUCAUUGGACGGCUAUGAUGGUCACCAGCAGGAGAAAGCUUUGAUGCAUGUCCACAUAUCAUUGACUGUAUCCUGUAAUAUGCAACGGCACAGCUAGUUUUCCCGAUUUGGAUAAAAGUUGAUCUGUAUAGUCAACAUCUUGAACUAUAUUUCAAAUGAAUUUAAAUAUCUUUUAAAGAAAAAAACACCUAAAAAUAAAUCUUAACAGACAAUUCUAUUCUGAUUAUAUCAAGGCAAAUUUUUCCUUUCUUGCAAAUUGCUUUGUGUGUUCAAUGCUAGGUCUGAUAGCGAUAGCUUUUAGUAGACAGCGGUAGGUGCCUGCAGAACUUGUGUUUUUCUCAUCUUUAAAAUACAACUACUUAUGCUCUUAAAUCAAGGCUGUCUGCUUAUUUAUACUAGCGUAGGCAAUACUUGGAUUUCCCUUCUUAGUAUGCUUCAUAACUGCUUUACAGAGAGCUUUUGCUUGUUCUUUCUCAUGUAUCUCGUGUUUAUGUGCACAGUGCCAAAAGAAGACUGACUGGGUGGAGGGAGGCUCUGCCUUGCCUCAAGAACCAUCCCCUGCAGAGCAUCCAGGGAGGUUUCUCGCCCCAAUAGCCUCAUGGCACAGUACUCUUGGGCAGUAACUGGACACCUUUUAUUUGAACAAACAAACUGAAGAAAAAAUGCUUCCUUAAGUGCUGACAGCCUUUUUAACCAAUACAUUUAAAAUUGUACAGAACAAAACAAUAAAAUCAAAGACUGAUCUUGUACAGAUAUUAGUGUUACCAGCAUUCAUGUGGAAAUCAAGAGCAAAGACAAAAUAAUGUUAAACAACUCUGUACCAUAACAUUUUCUGUAAUGAUACUGAAACUUAAUGAAUAAAAAAAAUUCCUUGAUCAUUAUUUAAAAAUGUAA